AUGGCUAAAAUUGUCUCUGACCCCAAAUUGUACAUUCUUCUGGUGGCUUUGACUUUGAGCUCGGCUGUGCUUGUGGUCACACUCUACCAUUGCAUCAUCAUUUGUUGCUGCAACCGCAACCCGCCACGACGACAAAUACAACACCGUUUGAGGCCUAACAUGCAAGGGAUCACAAGCUUCCUAGCAGCAAGCAGCAUGGAGGCUUCCUCAGUGGCCCAACUCAUUCCGGCCCACAAGUUUCAAAAGGGUGUGGGCUUGGUCUUGGUGGGAGAUGGCAUGUGUGCUGUGUGCCUGAGUGAAAUUGAAGAGGGCGAAGAAUUUCGAACCUUGCCGGAAUGCAUGCACUCGUUUCACGUUCCAUGCAUUGACAUGUGGCUGUAUUCCCAUCCGAGUUGCCCAAUUUGCCGCACAGAUGCCACGCCGCGGAAGCCUGCAGUUAAGCGCUCGCCGGAUUAUGGGUCCGGUGGGCUGGAGAGGCCACAGGAGUCCAUAAUUUUGCAAGACAUUGUUGUUAUGCAAUCUAGCUAG